CUGUCCCUUCUUGUUCUUUCAAUUUAGAGAGAGAGAGAGAGAUGAGUCCACAGUGGGUGGCAGAGAAAACUGAUAGAGAACUUUCAAACCUCCUUUUUCUCUACCUUCACUCAACUAGCCUCUAUAUAGCAGUCUCAAACUGAAGUCUUAUAAUUUUGUAAAGCUUUACUUAUAUCUUCCCAUCUGAAAGAUUGUUUAGUUUACCUCAUAUUUUUUUCUGUCUUUCUCUGUCGGUACCAUGAGACCUGAGAGGAAUCCCUUGGACCUCAACAACUUACCUGAAGAUUUCAGCAGUAGAGAUGGCAAACAAGUUUUUGAUGACUCCUCCUCAGCUUCUGGCUACAGGAAAAAGAAAAGCGGCGCUAAGGAUGGGAAAGAUGAGUGUGGGAAGGUCUAUGAGUGUAGGUUUUGUUCCCUCAAGUUCUGCAAAUCUCAAGCUCUCGGGGGACACAUGAACCGCCACCGACAAGAGAGGGAGACUGAGACACUGAACCGGGCUCGUCAGCUGGUCUUCAGUAACGAUAACCUAGCAGCCGCCCAAGGGCCUCCUCCCCAUCCAGGGUGCAUCACCGCAGGAAGUUACCAUCCAGCGGGACAUAUUGGAGAUCCAUUCAGAUCAGUGUACUCGUCAAGACUAUUCAGCGGUUCUUCUUCUACAAUGAUUCCGCCACCACCACCACCUCCACCGCCGUCGCAACCACCAUACCCUUACCCUUCGCCUUCACGUCUCACAUCCUACUCCACACAGUACCCUCCACAUCACCCCAUGAACGAGUACUACGUCGGCCAUGUCCUUACCAGUCCCUCUUCUCAUUCCCAUUCACAGCACCCUCACCAACACCAAAACCUAAAUUACAUGGGCGCAGCGGGUGAAUCAAACUACACAUGCAUUGGGGCGCCAGUGGGACACGGGUUCAUUGCCGGUUCAAGCCGUGGCGGUAGCGGUGGCGCGGACUUGACUGGAGGAUCAUCAGGAGCGAGAGACGGGCCAUUGAACAAUCAGGAGGAGGGAUUAAAUUGGGGAAGGAGCUAUGCAGCAGGAGGAGGAGGAACACACACACAACCACGUCUGGAUCCUCCUUUCUAGCUAAUUACAUUGCGAUUAAAGAAUCAAAAAAAGUAAUAUUGUUUUUUAAUAUUAUAGUUUAAGUAGAAUUAAAUGAAUGAAUGAAGUUGUUUGACACGGCACCCACAGAGAAAGAGAGAGACAUAACAAACUGACAAAUGGGGUCAUGCAAGGGAGGAAAGAAAGAGAAAACUUUGGUUUAUGUACAGGAGAUUGGGUUUUUUGGGACAGCUUUUUGAGAUCAUGUACACGCUCAGCUAGUUUGGCUUUGAGCUUUGGGGAUUGUUGUACUAUAACCAUCUGCUAAAAAUGGGGACUAGAGCUUUGGAUAUGUGGGACAAGAAGUUAGAUAUGAACUGAAAGUUCCUAACUAUCUUUUUGCAUUUGCAUGGCAAUGGAGUUUGUUUGUUUAAUAUUUAUAUAUUUUUCUUUUUCA